CUUGCUAAUCUGAUCCAGGGUCUGUGACGGGGGCCGGUCCUCCCCCCUCCGGUGUAUUCCGACAGCCCCGCAGUCUUUUCCUUCCACUCCACUUCAGAAACAGCAGCCAGGCCGGCCGUUUCCCACGCCUCCACACCGCAAGCCUCCAGAAAACGUCUCGAAUCAGCAAAGACUGAAAAAUGCGGAAACGAGUGUUUGGAAACGGCGUCAGUGGGAAAUAUGAAUGUUUUUAACCGGACUGAAGAUGCAGGAAUUCAUUCACCGAGGGCCUCGACUUUUUCCACGGGAGUGAGUGCUCGGAAGGGGACGUAAACUUUUCAGUUGGUGCGAACGGACUGCGCUGGAUCCUACGAUGUCAGCGGCACUGAGUUGGUUAUGAGUGCUUCUUUUGACUGUUUUUGAACCGUUUGGACCAUUUACUGUCGACGCACUGCUGUUUAUGGACUCUUUAUUCGGUGGAAACAACCUCAAGGAGGACUUCCACACCUCAGGAGUUCGACGCCAGAAACUGACGCGUCCGUGAACGCCGCAGCCGUUGCAGCUAACGUCCAAACAUGCCGCAGCUAAACGGGGGAGACGGAGACGACCUGGGAGCAAACGAUGAACUGAUUGCUUUUAAAGACGAGGGAGAACAGGAGGAGAAGAGGAAUGUGGCUGCUGAACGGGACCUGGACGAUGUCAAGUCCUCUCUGGUCAACGAGUCCGAGACCAACGGCAGCUCGGACUCGGAGGCAGACAGGCGCCCCAAGCCCAGUCCGGAUCCGGAGAGCAGGGCCAGACACAGUCAGCUGUUUGAAGAAGCGCUGAGGAGGCGUCAGGAUGGAGGUCUCUUCCAGCCCUCUCCGUAUGUUGGAUAUCCCUUCUUCAUGAUCCCAGACCUCGGGAACCUUUGCGGUCCCUACCUCACCAACGGAGCUCUCGCACCAAGUGCCAGGACGUACCUGCCGUUUCAGUGGCCUCUGCUCGACGUCCCAGGAAGAUCUGCCAUCAGAGACUCUGCUGCCGCGACACACCUGUCGAACAAUGUGCCGGUGGUGCAGCACCCUCACAUGACCCACCUGCACCCACUGCUGUCCUACAGCCCAGAGGCUUUCUCCCCUCAGAGGGCCUCACCUGGCUUCUCUCCUGAUGCAGGUAUGUCGAGGACGUCUCAUGCAGCCUGCUACCCCGUCUCUCCUGGAGGCAUGGCUCAGAUCACACACCCUCUGGGAUGGCUGCAGGGACAGACGAUGUAUCCCAUCGCGGGCGGCUUCUCGCCGGCUGCUCUCGCCAUGAACGCGUCCAUGUCGAGCCUGGUGUCGGGAAGCUUCUCUCCACGCUUGGUCCAGACCCCCCAGUCGUCCGUCCCCCACCCGGCCAUCGUCCCCGCGGCGGUGAAGCAGGAGCCUGCGGGCGGCAGCCAGCCGGGGAGGUCGAUGCCUGACGGCCUGCAGGAGAAGGAAGACGAGAAGAAGCCGCACAUCAAGAAGCCGCUGAACGCGUUCAUGUUGUACAUGAGGGAGGAAAGACCCAAAGUGGUGGCUCAGUGCAAAGUGAAGGAGAGCGCCACCAUCAACCAGAUCCUGGGCCAGAGGUGGCAUUCUUUGACCAAAGAGGAACAGGCCGGUUAUUAUGAGCUGGCUCGUAAAGAGAGACUCCUCCACUCCAAACUUUACCCCGGCUGGUCGGCCAGAGACAACUACGGUAAAAAGAAGAAGAGGAAGAGGAUGAAGAGUGAGACUCAACACGAAGUUCCUGAAGAGGACGUCGUCCCACAGCUGAAGAGACCUCGCGUCCCACCUGAGGAGACGCCCCACACACACGCCGCGCUCACACAGACUGCACACGCACACCCCCGUUCACACCUGACACAGCCGCACACCAUCUCGCACCUGACACACACACACCUGUCCCAGGCCAGCCCCGCCUCCUCGCUGGACUCGCCGGCGACGCCCACCACCGCGCUGGCCUCCCCCGCCGCCCCGGCCCCGACGCACACGGAGCACACGCACUCCUCCUACGGCGGACACACGUCCCCGUACGCCGAGCAGCUGCAGCCGCUGUCCCUCACCACCAAACCUCACCGGACCCCCCACCCUCUGAGCCGGACCGCCGUCACCCCGGGACCCUCCACGCCGUCGUCCUCCUACGACACCCCCACCUCCUCGCCCCGCAUGCCUUCCUCCAGAUGUUCACCCCCGCCUCCUCCUCCGCUCUCUCAGCCUUUCCUGGUCCCGCCUCCUACCUCCGCUCACCAAUCAGCAGCGAGCUCCCACGGUGCCUUAACUCAGUCACAGCCAUUCUCAGUCAGACGAACCAAUCAGCUGUGAGGAGCAGGGGGGUCCCAUGAUUUGUACCUCUUUUAAAGCUGUAAAUACGCUUUCUUUUUUUAGCUUUUUUAUAGAUGUAUCACAUUUAUUUUAGUAUGAAAAGGACAAUAAUUGGUCAAUAUUUGACUGCAUCUCUAACGUCAUGGAACAGCGUAUUUUUUGCAAACUGUCACUUUUUCUAAUUCCUUUUUACGAGUGAUCAACUUGUUAAUCGAAAGCGAGGUGUGUUUCACCGGGUGUUUGUUUCAGGAUGCUUUCUUUUCACCUGCUAGUAACGAGUGUAAAUCUGUUCUCCGGUUCCUCCUCUGUGUUAAUAAAUAUUCACUGAGUUCGGACACGUCUCCCGUGACGACGGCA